AUGUGGACAGACAGCUCCAUCGUCGCAUCCACUACUCAGGCUGCGCUGCGAUACCUCGGCCAUACAGCGCAAGAUGCUGCAUCCACUCUUGACGAUCCCGCACGACGAGAAAACCCAAACGAUGCUCUCUUAGUUCUUCUGCCGCUACUCAUCGUCUUGUCUACCUUCCUCUUCCUCCUCCUUCUCUUCCUCUUAUGUGUAAUACUCCUCCGCAGACGAAGGGGCAUCGCUCUUCGGGAUAGCGAUGGUCCGGUUGAUCUCAGCAGGGAAGAAUUUAUCGAGGGCGAGGGCGGUUUCGACGGUGUAGAGUCUCGCUGGCUAGAGAGUGUAUCGGAGACUCAACGCAGAUCCUAUCUUCGCGCGAAAGAAUACCAACUCCAAUACCCCCCAAAUUCCCUUCCUACCGACAUUACUCUCUCCCAAUUCCUCUCCAUCCAGGAGAAAGGCGUCUCGGCCUGGUCGUUCGACCCAGAUUACGAGAUGCUCUCAUCUCUUCUCGUCCAUGCCCGGACAGAGCUGACCUUCCUUCCCGACCCGUCCUCUGCAUCAUCUUGUCAAUCCAACCUCCCACUCCCCAAACUCAACGAGGUUUAUUACUGGGAAGUCAAGAUGUUCGACCUCCCCGAGAGCACCAACGUCGCCGUCGGUCUCGCCACCAAACCCUAUCCCUCCUUCCGUCUUCCAGGCCACAGUCGAUUCUCCGUCGCAUACCACUCCAACGGCGAUAAAUCUUACAACUACCCCUUCACGUCUCAGACAUUCGGUUCAGCCUUGAAGGAAGGCGAUGUUCUCGGCGUAGGCUAUCGUCCACGGAGCGGCACCGUUUUCUUCACCAGAAACGGACGAAAGAUGGAGGACGCGUUCGUCGGUCUCAACAACUGGAACCUCUUCCCCACCAUCGGCGCCGACGGACCGUGCAGUCUGCACGUCAACCUCGGUCAAGCCGGAUUCGUCUUCAUCGAGGCCAACGUCAAGAAAUGGGGCCUGGCACCGAGCGUAGGGACGCUCGCACCCCCGCCCGCAUAUGGAAGUGAGCGUGGAAGCAUCCUGCUCGAGGCGGGG